AGUCGAACGGUGCUACCUUCGCCGACAAGUUCGAAACCCCGGCGCUUUGCUCGCGGUCAGGUGCAACUUUACGUUUUUUUUGUAACGUCCACAAAAAACUUCGCGACAGUUUUAUUUUUUAAAAAUUGUUUUGGGCAAAAACCAAAAAGCCUAUUCCUUGGUGAAAAGUGCAUUGAGCCCAGACAAGAAGGAGCACAAGAAGUGUUAAGAAAAGACAACGUAUUUGUGUAAAUGUUGAGAGUGACAAUGUUGGGACUGAUUGAGUGUGCUUGAUAAAGCUAGUGGCGGGUGCAGGGAGAAGGUUAGGGUGUUUGGAGGAAUCGAAUAAGGGUGUAUCAUGUUGAUUGGAUCGACAAUUGGGAGUGAGUUCGCGCCUCUGCCAAGUGCUCCGUGGAGCUCAAUGGAACCACCGAGAGCCCCAAUAGCCGGUGGUGGUUCUCUUCCACCCCCGCCGCCACCAACGCUCUCACUCUCCCCAACAGUUGGUCUCUCACCCAAUGUACCUUCACCGGGAUCCGUUCCGCAGGCAGCGGGUUUAUUCGCGGGGGGAGCCGGUGCCGCGGGUGCCACCCCGUCGACACUGAGCGCCCUGGUGUCCCAGCAUCGACUCCUGGAGCUGUCGAGGUUCAGCCUGCGCGGUUAUGAUCUGGCACAGCACAUGCUCACGCAGCAGGGCGCCGUCUCCAAGUUACUCGGCACACUGAGGCCACCGGGACUCAUUGGAGGCUCCAAACCAAAGGUAGCAACACCAGCUGUCGUCUCAAAAAUCGAACAGUACAAACGGGAGAAUCCCACAAUCUUCGCAUGGGAAAUCCGGGAGCGAUUGAUUUCGGAAGGCGUUUGCACAAAUGCAACAGCCCCGUCGGUGUCGUCAAUUAAUCGUAUUUUGCGGAAUAGAGCCGCAGAGAGAGCAGCGGCGGAAUUUGCAAGAGCCGCCGGCUAUGGCCUCUAUCCGCCACAUCCAUAUGGGGGCUUUGCAUGGCCACCAACGCAUCUCUGGCCACCAAAUUCCGCCAACUUAAGUGGAAUAACCCCACCGGGAUCAACUUCCAGCACAGCUGUUUCACCUGGAUCAUCGCAUGAAACUGGUGGAUCACCCGAUGGUAGUCGUCUUAUUGACGUCGAGGGUGAGGAUUCGGGUAGUUUGGAUGGUGAACAACCGAAAUUCCGUCGAAAUCGUACAACAUUUAGCCCCGAACAGUUGGAAGAGCUUGAGAAGGAAUUCGAUAAAUCCCACUAUCCGUGCGUGAGUACGCGUGAGCGUCUCGCAUCGCGUACAUCACUGAGCGAAGCUCGUGUUCAGGUUUGGUUUUCCAACAGACGAGCGAAGUGGCGUCGGCACCAGCGCAUGAAUAUCCUCAAACAGCAGUCCUCACCAACGCCCCAAAGAGCCACACCAAGCAGCAACAGCAGCAGCAAUUUCACCCCUACCGCAGUACCGCCGGCACCCGCCCCGGCAUCCCCGGCGGCGGCGGCCGUAUCGGCGGCAGUGGCAGCCGCAACAAGCUUAGUCACAGCAUCAACGCCAUUAUUAAUGGGCGGUGAACAUAGUGCAUUCAGGUCGCUCGUACCCUCUUCCGCGGCGGCACUUCUUGCCGCCUCGGCCUCCCUGGGGCUAAGGCCAUCCUACAAUGCGGCAUUGCGACCCACUGAUUCCUCAUCGUCCUCCGAUGAAGAGAUUAACGUUCACGAUGAUGAUUCAAAUGGUUCGGCGGCCGGUAAAAGUCGCUCAACGCCACUUCAGCUCACAACACACGAUAGGCCGAAUUAAUUGCAAGAAAAAUAAAUAUUCGGGGGCACAUCUUCCCCUUAGUACAUCCCUGUGAGCUUAUUCCUUUAACUAAAAGAACAAAAUGAAUUUUCCUCCAGAUUUUCAUCCCAAUUUGCCUCUCAAUUAAGCUAAACUGCAUCAACUUUAAACGUUGUGGAAAUUUUUACAUUUUACUCUCAAAACGUUGCUGAAAUUGCAGUGAGAUUAAAUAUUUAAUAAUUUUCAUGAGAAAAAUACCACACACUGAGGAAAUCUGAUUGGCAAUAGAGCGAUCAUGUGAGUCUUUAAUAAUGUUCCAUAGUUGUUUGAAAAAUUAAAAGAAAA